AUGUUCUCCGUUCCAUUCCUCACCUCCCUGACUAGUCAUCUUGGGACAACUGCCAUUGAUGAUGCAAGUGACAGUCUCUCGUGUCUCAUCAGUGCUUUCCUCUUCAUCAUCGCUGCGAUCCUGACUUCCGCGAAGACCUAUGUCGGAUCCGCAAUGGAGUGCUGGGUUCCUCAAACGUAUUCCGGAGAGUGGGGAGAAUUCGCUGAAAACUACUGCUUCCUGAAAGACACGUAUUGGUUCCCAAGCAAAGAAGUGAUGAGUGAUAUCCCUGAAUAUCACAAAGAAGAACAUCGUCUGUCAUACUAUCAAUGGUCCAGUAUGUAUAUGGCAAUGGCUGGACUCGCAUUCAUGAUUCCAAAGUUCCUCUGGAAGAUGUCUCAAUCCUACACUGAUCUUCCACUCAUUUAUUUCUGUGACACUGCCAAUGCGAUUCGUUCUGAAACUGCAGACAACCGUAAGGAGAAAGUUAAGGAGAUGGCGGUUUUCAUGCGUUCCAAGAUCACAGCUGUCCAUGCUCCAGGAUCCAUCUCGAACGUCCGAAUGUAUUUUGUCUAUGCCAUUAUCAAGAUUCUCUAUCUGUGUAUUGCUGCUGCCCAAUUCAUUGUUCUCGGAUAUUUCUUGGGACAAAAGAAGAACUUGCUUUGGGGAUGGACUCUUUUCAUGAAUCUGAUCAAUGGUGUCACCUGGGAGACUACUGGAUUGUUCCCUCGUCUAACAUUCUGUGACUUCACGGUCCGUGAAAUGGCCGGAAACAAUCGUGAUGAGACUGUUCAGUGCGUUAUUGGAAUCAACGAAUUCAAUGAGAAAAUCUUCCUCUUCCUCUGGUUCUGGCUCGUUUUCCUUUUCUUCUCUACAGUGGUCGCUCACGGCUUCAAUGCCUCGCAAAUGGUCAAGCCAUACUUCAUCAACAGUCUUCUCCAUACUCUUCGUAAACCUCAUGAUCAGAAUCAGAAGAAAUUGUUCAUGAAAUUCGGAUACGACUACCUCACCAUGGACGGAAAACUCAUUUUGAGCUUUAUCAAAUCUCAGAGUGACCUUGUUGCCCAGGAAGUCGCCGUCGCGAUGUACAACAACUACUUGGAGCACCUCAAAGCUACUCGUCCAUCCAUCACUCAGGAAGACUUGCACAAAGGGAUCGAGAAAAUGAAAAAAAUUCAAAUCGAUGAAAAAUAG